AUUUCCGUUUGCGUCAUUUUGGGUGCGCCAUCAACCGGGCUUUAUCUCUGGUUCACUUGACUUCAUUUAUACCAGUGGAGGUUCCCCUGAGUGCAGUGACUGCCAGCUGUGAUCAAGAACCAGUGUGUGAAAACGGAGCAAUCAACCAAACGGCGACAACUGUGGCUGUAUCGUAUUAGCAGAGCCGAUCCAGCAGCCAAGUCAUUCCCUUACGUCCGGGUUUGCUCGGAGCAUUUUGUUCUUGUCAGGAUUGAACUCAACUCAUUCACUGCCAGUCAUUCCCUGACCAGGGAACCCCCACUCUCAGCAUUUAUGCCGCACACACACGCCAGGCAACGCGAUGAGUUCCGGUGUUAAGAAACUGAAAGUAAACGAGUUGAAGGACGAGCUCCAGCGCCGUGGGUUGGAUGCUAAAGGCCGUAAGGUGGACCUGUUGGAGCGACUCAAGGCGGCGCUCCAGGAGGAAAGCCUGGCUGAGUCAGCAAGCAGCGGAGGAGAUGAGAAGCAGGGCGAUGACGACUUCUCAGAUGAUGGGGAGGAUACUCUCGAGGAACAAGCAGUGUCUUUUGCACAAGUCGACGAUGACUCGCUGCUAGAGGAAGAUGAGGAUGGAGAUUUGGAUGGGUAUGACAAGGAAGAGGAGCCUGACCCUGAUGCCGAAUGCGAGCCUUACGGGAGUCAGCCAGUGACGGAUUCCGAUCACAGCAUGAAAUACUUCAGCGCCGCCACCGCUCUUUCACAAACUGGCAUCACAGAGCCAGUCAUCAAAUUUGAACUAGAGAAGGAGGAAAAUGUACAAGAAAUAAAAGAGGAGAUAAAAAUGGAGGACGCCCCAGAGGCGUGUGGAAACGCUGGGCGAGAGGUCCGCGGAGCAGAGACGAAACGUGGACAAAAUGGUUACAGUCUUGGAGAACGGGUGACGGUGGAGUCCAAGAAAAGUGGACACCAUGACAGAAAACGACCACACGAGGAGAGCAGGGGCUACAUCUACUAUGAGCAUUGUGAGAAGAAGAGAUCUUGCACCAUGCAGAGAUCCCACUCAAGUGACCAGUCUGAAGAUGAAAGUCCUGCAUCAAGCAGAGGUCCCACCCCGAUUCCUGUUAGCAGUGAUGAAGAAGGUCGGCCAUGGAGGACAGAUGAUGGGGAAUAUUGUGACUGGUAUGAAACUGACUGGCAGCCUAAUAAAUUCUGCUUCACUGCCACUCCUGGACCCCGAAGUGCUGCUGCAGAAAUGGAUUCCAAUCUGCCAUCUGACUUUCUGGAGCUGUUCUUAACCGACGAGCUGCUCCAACGCAUUGCGGAUCAGACCAACCUGUAUGCGACUCAGUAUUUUCAAGCACAGUCUGAGAGGUUGCCACAAAGCAGAGUUCAUGCGUGGAAACCGGUGUCAGUCCCAGAGCUGAAAACUUUCUUUGGACUCACGUUUCUCACCAGUUAUGUUAAAAAGCCAAGCAUUGCACUCUACUGGAGUGUGGAUGAGGUAGACUCAACACCUCAUUUCAGCCAGACUAUGUCAAGGAACAGAUUUCAGAUUAUCUGGCAAUUCCUUCAAUACAACGAUCAUGAAUCACAGCAUGAUGCUGACAAAUUGUACAAAAUCCGCCCAGUGUUUGAAUACAUUGUGGAAAAGUUCAAGGAGAUGUAUCAACCGGGGCAAAAUAUUUGCAUUGAUGAGGGUAUGAUGCUGUGGCGAGGGCGUGUAUCUUUCAGAGUGUACAACCCAAAAAAGCCUGUGAAAUAUGGAAUCAAAUCCUACAUACUGUGUGACUCCGCCACAGGGUACUGCUUCAAUAUGCAGCCUGAUAUUGGAGAAGCUCGUACUACGUCGGAGAUAGUUUUCUCUCUACUUGAUCGUCUGGCAGGUCAUGGUUAUACGUUAUAUAUGGAUGAUUCCUACAAUUCUGUAGCACUGUGUGAGCUUUUACUGGGAGCAGACACCAAUGUCUGUGGGACAUUGAGGAAGAAUAGGGGGGAACCUAAGAUCUUUAGAGAGAUGACAAAGUAUGAGUUGGCGGUGGGGGAAAAAGUUGUGCGACACAAUGAGAGAGUGAUGGUAGUAGCCUGGCAGGACAAGCAGUUACUGAGAAUGGUGACAACUUGCCACCAAGAUAGGAUGCAGAAGGUUAAGGUUUUGCAGAAGGGACACAAAGAUGAAGGUUGUCAUUUCAAGCCACAGUGUGUUGUUGCAUUCAACUCUUCCAUGCACGGAGUGGAUAGGCUCGACCAAAACAUUGCAUACUACCCUUUUGUCCGAAGGUCACAUAAGUGGUCCAAAAAGUUUGUAGCCUAUCUCUUUCAACUUUGUAUGUUUAAUGCCUAUGUCCUCUACAGAGCCAGAAACCCAGGGGAGUUUAAAACCCUCUUGGAGUUCAUUCGCAGUGUAGUGAAGUCAUGGACUGUAAAGCGACAUGUGGGGCUGCAGGUAAAAAAGGAUAAAGAAGUUGCAGUUGAGGAAGAUUUGGAAGGAGGUCGGCGCUCUACGAGGGCACCAUAUAAAACUGACCCAGACAGCAGGCUCGAUGGACAGCUUGGCAAACACAGACUCGAAUACCUGAUGCCGGUCGGGAAAAAAUUAAAGCCGACAAGGAGGUGUAGGGUCUGCGCACGUAGGGGCAAGCGCAGAGAUACCAGAAUGUGGUGCACUUCCUGUUGUGUCCCCUUGCAUCCUGGAGAAUGUUUCACAGAUUACCACACUAAAAUGAACUAUUCUAUAUAAGGGUGAAAAAACAAGUCUUUUUUUUUAAGAUGUGGCAGAAUACAUAGUAAUGCUUUCCCAAAAGUUUUUUGGGGAGGAGCCAUGUGUAAAAAAAAAAUUGUACAUUGUUACAUAUGUAAAUAAAUUGUUCCAUUGAAAGCCUUUAGCGUUGUUUUUGUUGUUUUAUAAAUGAAACUAGUGUUCUGAUGUUUACAGGUGUCACUUUUGUGAAAAAUAUUGUUGUCAAACUCACUCUACCCUACCUUGUCCUGGGUGUGGAGUCAAAAGUUUUGUUGAAACCAAACAUAUAAUGUAGGCGUUGUAAUCAAUCCAGCAGUGAUGGGCAUGGCAAUUCAUUAGCGUGUACUUUUAAAAAGAUCAGUUAAUCGAAUCAAGUUCUUUUUCACAGAAUAUUUAACUGUCUAAUCAUUCAGUUCAUGAAAUGGACUUGAAGAUAGCAUUUGACUGUGUCGCUCGGGGAGUCAUGUGGGGGGUUCUUUGGGAGAAUGCGGUACCGAACCCUCUGAUAGAGGCUCGUCGGUCUGACCAGUGUCAGAGUGCGGUCCGCAUUUCUGGCAGUAAAUUGUAAUAAUUUCCGAUGAGAGUUGUACUCCGCCGAGGCUGGACUUGAUCCCCAAUUCUGUUCAUAUUUUUUAUAGAGGCCAGCGACAUGACGUCACAGUCACGUGAUUUAUAGGCCUCGUGCCAUAUUGGAAGACAAGCAAGUGGACCGGCGGCCGUAUCUCCAAGCACCAGUGACCCCAUUAUUUUUUUUCAAAACUUCCACAAAGCAACCAGCCUCCAAGUAUUCUUAACUUCUGUGCGGUUUUUGGCUGCUCCAACAGAGCAGGGCCUGACUUAAACAAGUCACAAGUCAAACUAAAAAAACUUUCUUCUCACCAUCAAAGGGAUUGGUUGGCAGCAUUAUCCAGAGCAGAUGUAAACACUGCUAAUCUGUCCCAAUAUUGUCUCUGCUCAGAUCAUUUUGCCACUGGUAAGUGUUUUUUGUCA